AACUUCCCUGACCACCUUCUUGUUGUAGCCAUUAGAUUUGUUUCGCAGCCAAAGGCCUUGACAUUAUCAGGGGCAUCGCAGUAAGCAAGUUGGCGCCAUCACAUGCCAGUAACCUCUUUGUCGCUUUUCAUCAUAGUAGUUGAAGUUGCCGUUCUGCUCCUAGUAUAUCCUUAGGCCCGCUGAUCAUGACUGAUUCGGACCGAGAUGGCAUAUGUUGGAGAACGCGUAUAGCCGUGACAUCUGAUAUAAAAGGGACGACAGUCGCAUCCAUGUCUACUAGUUGUCUGCUUCAGAAGCAUCAAGCCCUCAGCAGUUAGGAUCACUAUGCGCUGCUCACAACUUGCUCCCCUUUUCCUGGUGGGCGCCGCCUAUGCGUGGCUGCCCGAGGACCGCGAUCUCGCCGCCUUCAAUAUGACGGCACAAUUCGAGAAAUUGGGCAAGCGAUUCCAGCCCUCUCUUCCAGGUGGUGUAACCAAGAUUCGUGGCGUCAACUUGGGGACAUGGCUGAUCUCAGAGCCAUUCUUCAUGCACAACGAAUGGUCCAACGUCAUGGGGUGUGGAUCUUCGGUCAGCGAGUUUGAUUGUAUGCGGGAACACUACUCGGGAGGGAACCGCGAGGCCGGCAACGCCGCCUUCGAGAAGCACUGGGCUACCUGGAUCACUCCCGACACGGUGCAGUCAGUCCACGAUGUUGGUCUUAACACGAUACGCAUUCCCAUUGGCUACUGGUCGUACACAGACAUUGUAGAUGCGGCCAGCGAGCCUUUCGCUGAUGGCAACCGGAUGCUACCUUACCUUGAUGCCGUCGUGCAGAAGGCCGCCGAUCUGGGCAUCUAUGUCAUCAUUGAUUUGCACGGUGCACCCGGCGGUCAACAGCAAGAUGUGUUUACCGGCCAAAACCCAUCGCCAGCCGGUUUUUUCAAUGAUUACAACUAUGACCGCGCAAAGAGGUGGCUCACGUGGAUGACAAACCGCAUCCACACAAACCCAGCGUACUCGACUGUUGGUAUGCUUGAAGUGCUCAACGAACCUGUCUCAAUGCACGAUGGCGGCGGACGGUACCCUGCCCCUGGUCAGGUUCCAGGCAUGAUCGAUUCAUUCUAUCCCGGUGCGCUCCAGGCCGUGCGCUCUGAAGAGGCUGCACUGGGCGUGUCAAACGACCGCAAGUUGCACGUGCAAUUCAUGUCGUCCAAGUGGUCGUCAGGUGACCCGCGCAGCAACUCAGUCGUAGCAGGCGACAGCAUGACAGGCUUCGACGACCACAACUACAUAGGAUUCGGAGUUAGCGAUAACGGAAACCGAGACGCGUUGAUGCAGAGCGCAUGCCGAGACUCACGUGUCGUGAAUGGCGAAUCAUUCGAGAUCACGGGGGAGUGGAGUAUGACGAGCGGCGUCGAGUGGCAAGAUGCCGACUUCUUUAAGAAGUUCUGGACUGCCCAGCAACAGCUCUACGAAAAGCCGGGAAUGUCGGGCUGGGUUUAUUGGAUGUGGAAGACUGAGUUGGACGACCCGAGGUGGACGUACUCCUACGCUACUUACCUCAACUACAUCCCCACUGAUGCUGCCGGGCUUGAGCAAAAUGUAUACAACGACGUGUGUGUGGGAUACACGUAAUGCAAGCGGAUUCGUGUUGCACGCACCGAAUACCCUGUCCACCUUUUACGUGCAGGCCCCGAGAACCUGUCAAGAAUAUGUUCACUGGCCCUAUUGCACAUAAGCAGGCCAAGAUCAUGGAUAGAACAUUCAAGUAGACCUUAGCAGCCGUUAAGUAAACUUAUUGUAUUUGAGUAGAGCCAAUUCCAAAUCCAGAUGCCAACUCUUGUUACAGGUCGAGCGAAUUGAGGUAAGGAAGAGAUGCCUUGGGAAACAAGCAUGAGCGUGACGUGACCAAAGUGGUCAUUAUCUCCAUGAUAUUCAUCUAUUCAACUAUCGUGCUACCAAAUCUG